GGCCGGGCUUCACCCCGGACGCAUGCCUGAGAUCGUGCGGCCAUGACUUCUUCCUUUGCAACCGUGCAGGGAAACAACAAGAACCAGCCUACUUCGGCUUCCUUUCGCCUAAAUUCGAAGAACGGGAUCUUCAACAUGGGAAGCCUGUCCGGGAAGGGAAACAGUGUCGUGGAACGCAUGGCUAAUGCAUUCAGCAAGUGCAGUGCUGGUGUCGGUGCCAAUAUUCCGCCUGCUGCCAAUAAGACCGACAAUAAUGCCCUGCAUGCAACCGCGAAUAAGUCCCCUCCGGCCGUUCCCGAGAAGCCGAGUCGGAUCCAGAGUCUCAAAAAUAAACUCGGCAAUAAAGUGGCCGUGGGGACGGGGACCUACGGGAACGGUUUUUUCGGUCGGAGUCCGAAACCCGUAAAGAAGAUCAUCAAGAUGCUGGAGAUCAGGACGAAGAAGUACGUGACGUGGUCCGAACUGUGGCAGGAGGAGGAAUUCCUCCUCCGGUUCUUCCAAUAUUUCGAGCCAGCGGAGAGGCGCGAUCUGGCACAGGUAUGUCGACGUUGGAGGGACAUCCUUUACACGCGGUCCAAUCACUGGAAUUCGCUCGUGGCCGUGCUGGAAUACAAGAGCCUCGGCGACUCGGAUCCGAACGGGAACGACGAGAUCCGAAUGCGUCAUUACGAGAGCAUUCAGACCCGAGGUUUCGACGCCGUCUGCCUCGUCCAGGCCACUGAUGCGGACGUGAAAGAAUUGGCCGGGUUCUUGAGCGACAGGGGUUGCACCCGUCCCAUUCGCAGUCUAUCUUUCCGCCGAUCCACGGUCACCGACGUCGGACUGCAGCACUUGAUGGAGUUCUUGCCGGCCCUUCAUCAGUUGGAGAUGAUCAGCUGUAACGAGGUGACCGAGGCGGGGCUCUGGAGCGCCUUGAGCCCCAAGAUCGUGUCGCUGAGCAUUAGCGAUUGCAUCAACAUCGGAGACGAGUGCAUCCGUGCCAUCACGCACAAGUUGCCGUCUCUCUACGAAUUCAGCAUUCAAGCUUACCACAUGACGGAUCACGCAUUGGCGUAUUUUAGCCCUAAGCAGACCAACACGUUGAGCAUCCUCAAACUUCACUCUUGCUGGGAGAUCACGAAUCACGGACUCCUCAAUCUCGUGGGUGCAGUGCCGAAUCUGACAUGCCUCAGCCUCUCUGGCUGUAGCAAGGUCACAGACGAAGGGAUCGAAUUGGUGGCGGAGAAUCUUCGACAUCUUCGAAGUCUGGAUCUGUCCUGGUGUCCAAGGAUCACGGAUGCCGCCCUUGAAUACAUCGCAUGUGAUCUCACCUCCCUGGAAGAACUCAUCCUCGACAGGUCGUUAUUGGUGACCGACAUCGGCGUGGGGUACCUGUGUACCAUGCUGAGCCUGACAUCCUUGUCUCUUCGUUGGUGCACUCAAAUCAGAGACUUUGGGGUACAGCACUUGUGCAACAUGAAGAACCUCCAGAUCCUCUCCUUGGCUGGUUGUAACCAGUUGACACCAGGUGGUCUGUGCACUCUUGCCCAAUUGCCCCAUCUAAUGGAACUGGAAUUGACCAAUUGCCCAGGUGCCACUCCUGAGCUAAUCGACUUUCUUCAAGAGAACAUGCCCCGAUGCACCAUCUUCGGGUGAAUCCUCCAUUCCAGGAUCAUUUUCCAGUACAAGACCAAGUGUUCAAGCCAUGACACGUUCAAAGGUCAUCCUGCCACUCCACACACUCUUGUUUACAUGCACAAGUAGGCGAUAUUGCCGACA